GAAGGCCGCCUACGACGACAUGCACAAGGACUAUUCGGAGUCCGUCUCCGCGCUCGAGCGCGCCAUUCAGGAGAGUGCUGAAGACGCAGGCGUACGACCGGAAGCAGGCCUCCUUCGUGCAGGUCGCCGCCCUGAGCAAGCUGAGGCUCAUCCCCGAGCGGGCCAAGAGGGCGCUUACCGCCUUCCUCCAGGAUGGACCCCGAGGCCGAUCCCCUGAGCGUCACUGCCCCGGAGGCGUUCGGCUACGAGUUCCAGUCGCACAGCAUCAUAUCCAUGCUGGAGAAGCUGCUCGACGAGUUCAUCGAAGAGCGCACCAAACUGGAGAAGGAGGAGAGCAACUCGGUGCACCAGUUCAAGAUGCUGAUUCAGGAUCUAACCAAGCAGACCGAACAGGCGAAGUUCGACUCCUCCCAGAAGUCCGAGCUCGUGGCGAAGAACAAGGAGGAGAAGGCGGGCGCCGAGGGCGAGCUCGCCGAGACCAAGGACCUGCGGGAUGCCGACCAGAAGUACCUGGACGACCUCAACGCCGAGUGCACCCAGAAGGCGGCGGACUUCGAGUCCCGCCAGCAGCUCCGGGCGGAGGAGCUCGUGGCGAUCGGGAAGGCCAUCGAGAUCAUCUCCAGCUCGUCCGUGAAGGGCCAUGCAGAGACGUACUUGCCGUCCAUGUUGCAGAAGGCGCGGGGGCACUCCUUCGCGGCUCUGCGGGCCGACGCCACCUCGCAGCAGCUGCAGGACAAGGUCGUGCACUACCUCCAGCGACAGGCCAGCCGUACGGGCAGCCGCGUGCUCUCGCUGCUGGCCGUGCGCGUGCGCGAGGACCCGUUCGGCAAGGUGAAGAAACUCAUCAAGGACCUCAUCGUGCGCCUGAUGGAGGAGGCCACGGCCGAGGCGGAGCACAAAGGCUGGUGCGAUACCGAGCUGGCCACCAACGAGCACACGCGCAAGGACCGCGGCGUGACGAUGCUGCACGCCGAGAUCGACGAGCUGUCGGCAUCCAUCGCCAAGGAGACGGAGGAGAUCGCCGAGCUCGUGGCGGCCAUCGCGGACCUCGACAAGGCCAUGGCGGAGGCCACCGAGCUCCGCAAGACGGAGAAGGAGAAGAACGAGGAGACCAUCGCCGACUCGCAGGA